AUGGCCGAUCUCCAUUCCUCGUUAAAAGCACUUGGCCCCUGCAACUGGUCGGACAUCCCGCAGCAAAAGGACGAACUCGAUCAGUUUUUAGCCGACCUCUUCGAAAAUUCCCAAUGUAUCGUCGAAUCCGUGCCUAUUCCCGACCCCGAUCCUUCGCUCGGCAAAGAUGGUGUCAGUACAAACGGCGCAGUGGCGUCCAAAGCCUCAGAGAUCGUUGCUUCACCCGCUCGAAGUCCUCCACCCGCCCAGGAAUAUGCAGCUCUCCAGAAAGAGUGGGGGAAACAGAUCAAGCUUAAGCCACAAGAAAAUCCUCUAGGUUUGGCUGUUUAUAAAUGUCCGGGCAAGGAUGGCAAAGGGGCUUGGUUUGCUAGGAGAAGUGUGCAUGAAGGAUUGGGGUUCAGUCGCUUCAAGCGGGCAUUUGAGCGAGAAUUUCCCACAUCGUUAGAUGUAAAAGGGUCUCCUGGCGAAGGGAACAUCAGAGGAAUCGGCGCGGAGACCAGGGUUGAAGAGAUCACGGUUCCAAAUCGAGGCAAAAUCGAGGUUUAUCAGCUCAGCGCCCAAUUCCCGGGGCCGACCACGCCCAGAGACUUUGUCACACUUCUUAUCACUUCCUCCAGGGCACUCAAGCCCCAUGGAGAAGCUGAAAAGAAGCCUGAACUAUCCCCACGGCACUAUAUGAUCAUCUCCAAACCUUGCAAUCACCCGAAGACACAACCUAGGGACGGUUUCAUUAGAGGACAGUAUGAAUCCGUGGAGUUCAUUCGGGAAAUACCAAGAAAGCUCAAAAGCACCACUUCAUCCACGGAUUUGUCACGGCUUAGUCGCGAACAAGAACGAACGCCGGCUCAGCAACACAAGGAUGACGGUGAGCGGCAACACGACAACGGCCAUCUAACAGUCGACAAUAAGCGGUCGGCUGCCCGAUCACUGUCUCCCGGAGCCAGAAAGAGGAGUGCAACGGUGGGCGUUCUGGGCGAGCCACAGAAAAGCAAGGAUGCGGGUGAACACUAUGACCCCGAGCAAAAUCCUGUGGAAUGGAUCAUGGUCACACGUAGUGAUCCCGGCGGCAGUGUGCCCCGGUGGAUGGUGGAAAGAGGCACACCAGCGAGCAUUUGUGCGGACGCCGUCAAGUUUUUGGACUGGGCAUGUCAACGAGAUGAUGACGAGGACCCUUCGGAAAGGGGUCAGUCGAGGCCUGAUGCGAACCGGCGGGAGAGCUUUGCAAGCUGGGAGGCCAACGGUACUCUUGCAGGGAUCAGAGAACAGGAAGGAAGCCUUUCGGCCGUUGCUGAUGACCAGUCACAAGCAUCGGCUACAGACGCAAGAGCACAUCAAGAAACGGCAUCGGAAGGAAAAAGCAGCGAUGAAUCUUCUCAACAGUCACCUGCAUCUCCUUCAAAUCUACUGGGGACUGUGGCCGAAACUUUGGGCGCUUAUGCACCGCAGGUCGUCCGGGACCAUCUCCCGAUUGCAACGCCCAGAUCCGGGUCUUCAGCUGAACCAACGCAAUCCGAUGAACAACAUGACCCGACCCGGCUUGACGCACAGGCAAGUGCCAAGCGUGAGACUGAAAACAACGAUGCGGCAUCCACCAUCUCCAACACGUCGUUUGCAUCUGCGGAUUCCCACAUCAGCUCGGUCGAUUCGCGUUCGGUGUCGUCCAAAUCUCUCUCGGGUCGCCCAGAAAGUCAACUCCUGCAACAACAUGACAAGGAAAUUGCAAAACUAGCAGAACAGAAAGCUGCCCUGGAAGAAAGGUUCCAACAGCAGAAGGAAAAGAUAAUCAGUCAAGCCCACAAAGACACAGAAAAAGAACAACAAGCAUUGAAGAAGGCCGAGGCCAAGCAUGAGCGAGAGCUGAAGAAACAAGAGGAGAAACACCGCAAGGAGAUUGCCAAGCUGGAGCAGAAGAAGCAGAAAGAAGCCAAGAAACUAGAGGAGAAGAAGCGGAAACAACAGGACAAAGACGAAAAGGCUCGACUGAUUCGUGAGCGAGACGAGGCCCGAGCGGAGCUCGAUUUGUUGAAGAAAGAGCAAGAAAUCUAUAUCCGUCAAAUCGGCGAACUGCAGAAGGAGAAUACCAUGUUGGUCGCCCGGAUCGGAAAGCUCGAGGGUAGUUCAUCGUCUAUCGAUAGUCCGCCUUCGAGUCAGCGGGUCAGAGCCAUGACAGCUGAGGCUGAAGGUGGUCGGAGUAGGAGUUCGAGCCUUCUCGGGCUGAAGAAGAAGAAGAACCAUGAUAACGAUCAAAAUAGCAACAAGGCAGGCAGGAGCAGCGCGGGGUGA